AUGUCAUCACCACCGCGCGUUUUUCUAACCGAAAAACGUUGGGCGCUCUACGGCAUUGCCGUUUCGUGUAGUGUUAUCGUUGCAAAACUUCUGCACACAUACGGAAACACUCUAUGGCACCAGGUCAUUGAGACAAAGCUGACACAAGUUGACCAAUUGGCUGAUGAUGGUCAGCUUAUGUUCAAGCAUGUCUAUCGCAACAGUGUGAAAUACAGCAGCUACUGGCUGCCAGUUGUCUGUGGCUUGCUGACAACCUACCUCACCUGGGUGACUGUCUACUUGGACUCAGAUGUACCUGGUGUACAUCCACCAUCACCACUUUCACCACAAAAAUUCAAGAAAGCCUCUGGACAUGCAUUCCACCUGAGUUAUAUCUUUGCAUUGCUCAUAGGUGGAAUGGUCACAUAUUACAUGUAUGCAUCUGGCAUGCAUAUAGAAUUCUCAACCUAG